GAGGGAAGAUGGCGGAGGGGCUGGAGCGCGUCCGCGUCUCGGCCGCCGAGCUGCGGGACAUGGUGGCGGCGCAGGCCCGGGCCGCGGCGGCCGGCGGGACAGAAACCAUGAAGGAGGGGAAGGAGCCGAGGCAGCGCAGAGACAACAGGCGUCCAGACCUGGAGAUUUACAAGCCCGGCCUCUCCCGCCUGAGGAGCAAACUGCCAAAGCAAGAGACCUCAGAAGAGAGGAGCAGAGCUGAGGAGGGCAAAGAGGAAAGUACCAAUGACAAGGGUUCUUUGGGAGGAGGGGCUCCAGUCUUGGAGGAUUUCAGCAAAGCUGAUGGCCCUAAGCAGAACGGUCCUUCACAGGAAAAUGAAGAGACAGGGACUAAAGGCAGUGUUCAGAGCCAGGAGAACUCGUCCAAGCAGCCCACUCCAGAUGAGUGGUGUCCAAAGACCACGAGGAGAACCAAGAAGCCAGACCAGCAGAUCUACCAGCCUGGGAAACGCCUGCAUUCAGCUGCUAAAGAACUGUCCCUGCGCUCGGCUGCUGAGGAAAUCACUGGUAGGAUGGAGCAGCUGAAAGUAGAGAGGGAUGAAGAGACUGAGAAAGGGACUGGAAAAGACAAUAACAGGAAAACCAAACCAAGCAAGGAGGAUAGAGAGGGGAGCCAGGCAAGGGAAGGAGUGAAAACCUCCAGGGAAGACAAAGGCAGACGGCUAGAGCGAGGUGAGAGGAUAAAGAGAACGAGUGAGGAGGUGCUGCAGGGGAAGCUGAGCUCCACCAAACGCUACUCCCGCUCCGACAAGCGCCGCAGCCGCUACCGCACCUGCAGCACGAGCUCAGCUGGAAGCAGCAACAGCGUGGAUGGGGCCCCGCUCGUGGACGGGGUGGAGAGGAGGCAGGAGCGUGCCCGGGAGAGAAUGCGCGCCAGGAAGCAGCUCUCUGUGUCCUCCACGGACUCCUUGGACGAUGACAGAAUGGAGGAGGCAGAAGCGUACGUCUGCAGCAGGACUUUGGACAGGAAAAAGCAGGCUCGAGCUUUGAGGAGCGAGAGCGAAUGGAGCAGCAACGGCAGGGAGGUCAAGGGAGCCUUUCGAGUCACAUUUGACAGCAAAACGAUGAGCAGGGACGUGAGUCUGGCUGAGACUGAGAAAAAAAAGCCCCUGAAGGCGUUUGUUAGUUGCAAUGACUCAGAGGCUUCGGAGGCGAGAAGCCAGAGCAGAGAGCCCCAGGGGAGGGGCCGUGGGAUCCUGUUCCUGCCUGCCAACACAGACCUCUCUGCCAGCGCCGUGGGCUCCCCUGAGCCCACUCACACCGGGCCCCGGCUCCUGCUCAGCGGCACUGGCAGCAAAGGGCCGCGCAGCAGGGGCCGGGGCGGCACGGCUCGCAGGCUGUGGGACCCAAAUAACCCCGACCAGAAACCUGCCCUGAAGAGCCAGACUGCUCAGCUUCACUUUCUGGACACGGAUGAUGAAGUGAGCCCCACCUCCUGGGGGGAAGCCCGCCAGGCCCAGACAUCCUACUACAAGUUCCAGAACUCUGACAACCCCUACUAUUACCCUCGGGCCUCCGGGCAAGGGGCCCAGUAUCCCUACGGUGGGUACUCCCUGCAGUACCCCAUGGGUCCAAGCAAUGGUGUGUACCCAGGAGCCUAUUUCCCUGGAUACCCCAGCCAGGCAGGGGGGUACAUGUGUGGCCCACUGCCCCCAACCCCUCUGAGUCCCGAGAUGGAGCAGCAGAUGAGGAACAUGCAGCAACAGGAGCUCAGCAAACUCCUCCGUGAGGCUGGGAACCAGGAGCAGCAGCUCAGCAAUCUGCUUUCCAGAGACCGCAUCAGCCCGGAGGGGCUGGAGAAGAUGGCCCAGCUGAGGGUGGAGAUGCUGCAGCUGUAUGAACGGUGCAUCCUGAUGGAUAUUGAGUUCUCUGAUACCCAGAACGUGGACCAGCUGCUGUGGAAGAAUGCAUUUUACCAAGUGAUUGAGAAGUUCCGGCAGCUUCUCAAGGACCCUCAGGGGGAAAAUGCCCAAGAAAUUCGGAACAAACUUCUUCAGCUUCUAGAUGAGGGCACGUCAUUUUUUGAUGGCCUACUCCAAAAGCUGCAGGUGUCAUACCAGUUCAAGCUGGAGGACUACAUGGAUGGGAUGGCCAUCCGCAGCAAGCCUCUGAGGAAAAUGGUGAAGUAUGCUCUGAUCAGUGCUCAGAGGUGUAUGAUUUGUCAAGGGGACAUCUGCAGAUACAGAGAACAAGCAAAUGACACUGCCAACUACGGAAAGGCCCGCAGCUGGUACCUGAAGGCUCAGCAAAUUGCUCCCAAAAACGGCCGCCCGUACAACCAGCUGGCGCUUCUGGCCAUCUACACGAGGAGAAAGCUGGAUGCUGUCUACUAUUACAUGCGUAGUCUGGCUGCAAGUAACCCCAUCCUCACAGCCAAGGAGAGCCUCAUGAGUCUGUUUGAAGAGACAAAACGCAAGGCUGAGCAGAUGGAGCAGAGGAAACACCAGGUGCUGGAUCUGAGCCCCAGCCGGCGGGGAAAGGGCAAGAAGUCCACGUUGCGACAAGUCGGAGAUGAUGCCACGCGGCUGGAGAUCUGGAUCCAUCCCUCCCACCCCCGCUCCUCCCAAGGCCUGGACUCCAGCAGGGAUUCUGAGCAGGACAACGGGCUUGGGAACCUCAGCCCCAGCGACCUGAACAAAAGGUUCAUCCUCAGUUUUCUCCAUGCCCAUGGGAAGCUGUUUACCAGGAUUGGGAUGGAGACUUUCCCUGCAGUGGCUGAGGAGGUCCUGAGGGAGUUCCAGAUCCUGCUGCAGCACAGCCCCCCUCCCAUCGGAAGCACCCGCAUGCUCCAGCUUGUGGCAAUCAACAUGUUUGCAGUGUACAACUCCCAGCCCAAAGAGUGUGUUUCUGAAGACUGCCGCUCUGUCAUCCAGGAACAGGCCACUGCCCUGGGGCUCUCCAUGUUUGCACUCUUGGUGAGGAGGUGCACCAGCCUGCUGAGGGAAUGCGUGCAAGUUCAGCCACAAGAGGUGGAGCAGGAGGAUGAGGAGGAUGACAUCAAAGUCUCUGCCUUGCCCCAGGACCUGAAGGAGCUGCUCCCCAGUGUGAAAGUCUGGUCGGACUGGAUGCUUGGCCACCCGGACACCUGGAAUCCUCCUCCGACCUCUCUCGAGCUCCCCAAACAGGUCUCUGUAGAUGUGUGGGCGACGCUGGCUGACUUCUGUAACAUACUGACCACAGUGAAUCAGUCGGAGGUGCCCUUGUACAAGGACCCAGAUGACGACCUUGCCCUGCUUAGCCUGGAAGAGGAUCGGCUGCUCUCGGGCUUCAUUCCCCUGCUGGUCGCCCCCCAGGAGCCCUGCUACGUGGAGAGGACCUCGGACAAGGUUAUUGCAGCCGACUGCAAGAGGGUCACAGUUCUGAAGUAUUUCCUGGAAGCCCUUUGUGGACAAGAAGAGCCUUUGCUGGCAUUCAAGGGUGGAAAAUAUGUGUCAGUGGCACCCGUCCCAGACGCCAUGGGAAAGGAAAUGGGAAGCCAAGAGGGAAAACAACUGGAAGAUCAGAAGGAAGAUGAUGUGAUGAUCGAGGCAUUUGAAGAUGAUUCCGAGGCUGAAGGCAGCGGGGGAGAGAUGGACAUCAAGGAGCUCCGAGCCAAGAAGCAAGCCCUGGCCAGGAAGGUGGCUGAGCAGCAGCGUCGCCAGGACAAGAUCCAGGCCGUGCUGAAAGACCAGAGUCAAAUGAGGCAGAUGGAGCUGGAGAUCAGACCUGUCUUCCUGGUGCCAGACACCAAUGGUUUCAUCGACCACCUGAGCAGCCUGAGAACGCUGCUGGACUGCAGGAAGUUCAUCCUGGUGGUGCCUCUGAUCGUGAUAAACGAGCUGGACGGGCUGGCCAAAGGCCCAGAGAUGGAGCACCGGGCUGCAGGCUAUGCCCGCCAAGUGCAGGAGAGAGCCAGGAAGUCCAUCGAGUUCUUGGAGGAGCGAUUUGAGAACAGAGACAACUGCCUGAGGGCUCUGACCAGUCGAGGCAACGAGCUGGAGUCCAUCUCCUUCCGCAGCGAAGACACCACGGGGCAGCAGGGAAACAACGAUGACCUGAUUCUGUCCUGCUGCCUCCACUAUUGCAAUGACAAGGCCAAGGAUUUCAUGCCCUCCAACAAAGAUGAUCCCAUCCGCUUGCUCAGGGAAGUGGUUCUGCUGACGGACGACCGCAACCUGCGAGUCAAAGCGUUGACCCGCAACGUGCCGGUGAGGGACAUCCCCACCUUCCUCAAGUGGGCCCAGGAGGGCUGAGGGGGCCGAGCGGGGCCCAGGAGCCCCCUGAGCGAGUCACGCAGCCCGGUUAACGGUGGGAGACAGCGGCUCUGACCCACCGCCCUCCGGCCCACCACGGACAAUAAACACCACGACUUCAACCCACCCCGGCACGGCCGCGCUGCCAAGGGCCCCCCCGCACCCUGACGGCAGACCAGCUGGGAAAAGGUCAUUGCUGUGGAUGGUUCACGUGGAGGCUGAGCCCGUGGAGGGGCCCCCACCGGCCUUUGGGCAGUGGCAGGGCAGAGCCGGCGAGCCACGCUCGGCUGAGGGAAGCUUUGGGGGAGCCCGGGACGGAUCGCCGGCCUCUCGCUCGGCUGCAGAGAGCUCGAGUCACGGAUCGGUGACUCUUUGGGUUUGUAGAGCCCGGGGGGGACAGGGACGGGCCAGCACAGACCUUGGGAUUGCUCAGUCUAGGUCGUGCCCCUCGGAGGGGCCGUGGACUCGAAGGGCAGGUUCCCUCCUGCCCGGCCUGUUUGUCCUGCGUGGCCUGGGCAGCCCCGGGCCGCCGGCCCCUUCCCCGCCCCGCGCCCGCCCCGCGCCUGGCUGCUGCUCACGGAGCUGUUUGUCCUCUCCCUGCUGCAGGCUUGGUGUGUGGAGGUGUUUUUGUUUCAGAGUUCAGUGUAGGUUAGUUUCAGGUGUGUUCCUCACCUGCUUUGAACAGUCUCCCCUUCCCAUCCCCACGCAGCUGCUUUCUGUCCUGCUCCCCUGCCCACCCCAGCCAUUGCCCAUUGCCUGCACCCCCUACACUCCCUUAUUCCCACCCUGCUCCCUUUAGAUACGUGUUUAACUCAGCAUGAGACUGACAAGAGUUUUCCAAGGACCCCAGGACCAAGUGUCCCAUAGGUCCCUUGUGCCCUCACAUUGCCACAGGCUCCUCUUGCCCGUGGGAUCCAGCUUCUGGCUAUGGGGCCCAGCAGGGCUGGAGAGAGCUAGGGUAGCCCUUGGUGUUUACCCAGCUGGGAGGGUCACCUCUCAAGUUGCCCUUUUGCCAUGGAGCCAUAAAGGGACUCCCCCACUGCCUCGUUACUGGGAGCCAGUGCAGGGUUGGGGUGUUGCUGAGCCUCGCACUCCCCACUUUGCCCCAUCACCAAGUGUCCCAUCCCUGUUACAUGCCAGAUACAGAAGCUAAGAGGGAGCAUUAACCUGUGAACUGGAGCCCCUGGAGCUCUGUCAGGUCCCAGUCCAGGAGCAGAGGGUGGGAGUGACCCCAAGGCCCUUCCCGGACCCCUCUGGGUGCUGUGGGAGGGAAACGGCCAAAGUGCUGGAGGAAGCAGGAGGAUGGAGCCCAGCAGCUUUUCCUUCCCUGUGUGAGUGGCUCAGACCCAGUGUCUGCACCAGGAAGCUCAGUGGUGCCCCUGCACCCUCUGCCCAGCCUCGGGGCGAGGGCCAGCAGGGAGCCUCAGCAGCGCCCGGCACAGCGACACACACCAGUGGGGUUGUGUUUGCUGAACGCCCCAACCCCCAGCUGCCACAGACUUUGGGGUGCCCACAGCAUCUGCAAAGCACACAGAGACAGAGCCCACACCACUGCUGAGCCCACCCAGGCCCCACAGGCCCCCAGCCCCAGUGUGGUGCCCACCACACCGUGCAGACUUUGCCUUUUCCCCACCCCACGCUCCAGUUGUGUUUAAAAGUUUGUUUAAAAGUUUGUUUUCCAGCAGAGCUGCCUCAGGGGCUGCUCUGAACAGGCCCUUCCCGGGGUGCCACCACCUCAGAGGGACCUUGAGCUGUGCCACCAGCUUGGCCACGCCACAGAAAGCUUUCUGCCCCUGAGGCAGGUGACACAGGGGUGAGCCUGGGCCCAUCCAUGCCAGGCUCCUGCCCCAAGCCCCUGCAGGAAGCCCCCAGCUCGGGGGAAGGCAGCCACAGCCCCCAGCUCGGGGGAAAGUGGCCACAUUCGGGCUGUUUUGUUUUGUUAAGAUGGUUUUAAUCAUUUUUAGUAUUAAACACUUGUCUGUGCA